AAUCGAAACUAACGUCUCCAGACUGAACUUCCACUGCAAUCCACGGUCCGUCACGAAAAUCGUUGUAUUUAUUUUUAUAGUCUGAAUUUGAAAAUCUGCAUUACUAUGUAGCAUGUAGGCUUAAGUAAGCAGCCUAACUUACAUGUCAUUUUAUUUGGAAAGGACCUGUAGGCCUACUCUGUCAGUUGGGAGUAAGUGGAGCUGGAUGCAGUUUGUAUUUGUACCUAUGGGGGAAACGGCUGUGUAAAAGUGAAAAGGUGAACAGAGAUGGGGGACAAGCAACAAGACUCAGUGGAAAGGCAGAGCAGGCAACAGAUGGCACACAGACAGCAGAGUUGGGGACAGAUAUGCAGGGACAGACUGGCAGACACAGGGAGUCUCAGGUUACAGCCUCUGGAAAUUCCAAGAGGAGAAAGAAGAAGAGAGGAAAGAAAAAGAGGAGUGCCGAGAAGAUGGAGGACAAGGAGGGAGAGAUGGGAAAAUCUACCCCAUUGCAGUCUGUCUUGGUUCAACCACAAUCAGAGGAAUCUAACCCAGCCAAAUUCCUAUCAGUGCAACCUGACCCACCCUUAGGGCAAUCUAAUCGAGAGAAAACUACACCAGAGCAACCUAUCCCAGAGCAACCCAAACCAGAGACACCCAAACUAGCACAACGUAAUCCUGCCCAACCAUCUACAGGGCAUCAAAACCCAGCCACGCUCCCUUCAGCACUAUCUCCACACCAGUCAUCACCAGAUCAGCCAGAUCAGUCAUCUCCACACCAGUCAUCACAAGAUCAGUCAUCUCCAGAUCAGCCAGAUCAGUCAUCUCCACACCAGUCAUCACCAGAUCAGUCAUCUCCACACCAGUCAUCACCAGAUCAGCCAGAUCAGUCAUCUCCACACCAGUCAUCACCAGAUCAGUCAUCUCCACACCAGUCAUCACCAGAUCAGCCAGAACAGUCAUCUCCACACCAGUCAUCACCAGAUCAGUCAUCUCCACAACAGUCAUCACCAGAUCAGCCAGAACAGUCAUCUCCACACCAGUCAUCACAAGAUCAGUCAUCUCCACAACAGUCAUCACCAGAUCAGCCAGAACAGUCAUCUCCACACCAGUCAUCACAAGAUCAGUCAUCUCCACAACAGUCAUCACCAGAUCAGCCAGAUCAGUCAUCUCCACACCAGUCAUCACCAGAUCAGUCAUCUCCACAACAGUCAUCACCAGAUCAGCCAGAUCAGUCAUCAGAGUCAUCUCCAGACGAGGAAAAACCUAAGAAAAAGGGAGAUCCAAACAAACUCACCCUUCUGACCUGGAACAUAGACGGCCUGGACCUGGACGAUAUCAAGGAACGUCUUUCAAAGCUACUGGACUACCUGAUCAAGUACCAUCCUGACAUUGUGCUACUGCAAGAGGUUAUUUCACCAAUUUACCAGGUUUUACAGCAGGUUCUGAAGCCAUAUCAUCUGUUGCCGGGUAGUGACAGAAGCUAUUUCACUGCCAUACUGCUAAGGAAGUCCAGAGUUCAACUUCUGGAGAGUAGCUUAGUGAAUUACCCUACCACAGAGAUGAGGAGAAACCUGCUUAUGGCCCAUGUUUCUUUCCUUGGCCAUCCGCUGUGUGUGAUGACGUCCCACAUGGAGAGCAUGAAGCCCAAAUCCCUGGAACGCCAGAACCAGCUGAGGACGGUGUGGAAGACAAUGAGGGAGCAACCCCAGGACUGCAGCGUUAUCUUUGGGGGAGACACCAACCUCAGGGACUGGGAGGUGAAGAACCAGGGCGGUCUACCCGAGAGCAUCUGUGACGUAUGGGAGUCCCUGGGCCAGCCGGAAGACUGCCGGUACACCUGGGACUGUGUCACCAAUGACAACAAGGACCUCCCUUUCCCCGCACGUCUGCGCUUCGACCGCAUCUUCUUGAGGCAGGCCGGCAAGGGGUCAAAGGUCAGCCCAGAUGGCAUGACCCUGGUGGGUCUGAAGAGGUUGGAUGACUGUCAACGCUUUACCAGCGACCACUGGGGUCUCCUCUGCACCUUCGUCAUAAAACCUCUCAGUCAAGCAACACCUGAAUGAUACAAAGGGAACAGUUAGCUGUCCAUAUCAUGUCAACCAGGAACAGCAUAGAAAUCUUUGCCCAUCUUUAUGUACUUUGGGAGAUUUCGACCUAGGAUUAUGGAUUAUGGGCACAGCAAUACUGAUUAAUGAAUUCAAUUUCUAUGUUUGGCAACUGCUGCUGUUCCAAGGCACACUUUUAAUUUAUCCAGCCACAUAUUUGUCUGUGCCAACAGGUUAUGUACCCUAUUCAAGGACACAUUCAUACUGUCUCUGGACUUGGAAGCAGAAACUUUAUUGGCUACCCUCCAGGGUACAGUAUCUGGUUAUUUUCUAUCACUGUUUUAAACAUCAAAGCAGAAUCAAGCCAAUUUCACAAUAAACUCAUUUUGUUCCAGACAA